AUGUCUUGGACACCCAAUGACAUCAGAGCAGAACUCCAUUCCAUCUCCAAGUUGCUAUCUGCAAGACCUGGAGUUUUCGACUUGGAGGUGAAGCUGUGCACAGCUUUGAAGAGAAAACUGCAACUGAUGUCCAAUGUGUCCAGCACUGACCUGGUCCUUUGCUACGAUGCUUUGAAAGAAGCAAAUCUUCCUCAAACUAUGCAUUGUGAAUUGAUUGCUGUCCUGGACAAGCUGGCUGUUGAAGAAGUGGAGGUCAAAACAGCUGGCAAAGUGAUCCAAGGGGCACAGGACUGCAGGACUUUCUACAAGUAUUUGACAGAGGAGGACAUCAGUGCAUUGCAGAAAAGCAAUAUGUGGGAAGGUGGAAAGCCUAUGAAGGCAGACUUUCCAGGCUUGGCUGGCCUCUUGAACUCCAAGGUUGAGAAUGUGCCACCAACUACAUCUCCAAAGCAGCAAGUUGAGCCUGCACCUCCCAGUUCUCAUGCCCUUGUUGACACAAUGAUGUGCAGGCUGCUUCAACAAUUCAAUGCUGUUGGAAACAGCAUCCUUGCUGGCAAUGGUGUGAAAAUAGAAUACUUGCAGACUGGGGCUUCUCAAGAUGCUGCAAAUUCUGGUGCAAGUUCUGCAGGGUCUUUGCCUUUGCCCAUUGAAGCACCUACCUCAGUCACUGUUCAGCAGCCUGCUGUCUCAGCAGCCCCUCCUUCCCAGAGCGAAGUCAAAGCAGGGUCCCACAAUGAUGCUGCUGAAGCUGUCAAUGACCAAAAGACUUUGGAGGACUAUGAAAACGAAAACAUGCAAAAGUUGCUGGACAGGGAUGACAAAAAGACUGCUAAAGGCAGAGGCAAAGGUGCUAGUAAAAACACUGCUGCCAAAGGCAGAGGUGGUGGAAAAGGAAGAGGUGUUAGAAAACUUUGCGAAGGCAAGCCCAAGGGUAUGAAGAGACCAGCUGCCAGUGUAAGCUGCAGCCACCGAAGUAGCAAGUCACUGCAGUCAGUAGGCUGCUCCAAGUGCAGAGGAAGUGGGUGCACACAGUGCAAGAAUCCUGCAUUCCAGGGGCAGAUGUUUUCCAAGGAUGAAUGGGCCACAAGAGCCAAAGUCAUGAAGCUGAAAUAA